AUGAGUGGACUGAAGGAAACUUUCUAGCAAGUCCUUCCAGCAAGAAAGUGUCUGACAAAGUGUCGCAAUUGGCCUGAUUUUUUUUUUUCAACUUCAAGACAGAAGCAAAGUUUGCACACCCUCUUUUUUUUUUCAUUUGGGAUAAACUUUUUUUUUUUUUUAUUAUUAUUUUUUUGACUAAUUCUCUGGACAAGACUCAUGAUGGCUGUGCUGUCAAUGACGUUCCUGCUCGUAGGAUUUAUUGCGACUUCAGCUGCCAAGGCUGGUGAAGAUGAUCGAGAUGAUCAGCUGACACGCAGGCUGAAGGAAUACGGCCUGGUCACUCCCUUCAGCACCGACUCCCGCGGACGCUUCCUGUCGCACCUGCUGUCGGCGGCGCACAAGCAGCGCGUCAGACGGGAGGCGCCCACGCCCACGCCCACGGACCAGCAGCUUUUCUUCAACAUCACCGCCUUCGGGAAGGAGUUCCACCUGCGCCUGCGCCCCAACAUCCACCUGGUGGCGCCGGGUGCCACGGUGGAGUGGCACGAUGAGCCGGGUCCGAGGAACGGGAGUCGUUACGAGCUGUUGAACACGGACUGCACGUUCAUCGGCGACAUCACCGACGUCCCCGGGGCCUCGGUUGCCAUUAACAACUGCGACGGACUGGCCGGAAUGAUCCGCACAGACUCGGACGAGUACUUCAUCGAACCCCUGGAGAGAGGCACCCAGGAGCUGGAGGACCAGGGCAGAGUCCACGUGGUGUACCGCAGAAACCCAACGUCUGAGAGCCUUGGCGGAGUCCAACCCUCACUGGAAACAGAAGCAGAGCUGGAUGUUCCGGGGACUCUGGAUACGCUGGCGAGGCAGAUCAAUGAGACGGUCCAGCGCCGCCGCCGCCGCCGAGAUGCCGGGGACGACGACUACAACAUCGAAAUCCUGCUGGGAGUUGACGACUCGGUCGUUCGAUUUCACGGGAAGGAGCAUGUGCAGAAUUAUCUCCUCACGCUCAUGAAUAUUGUGAAUGAGAUCUACCACGACGAGUCUCUGGGAGUCCACAUCAACGUGGUCCUGGUGAGGAUGAUCAUGCUGGGGUAUGCCAAGUCCAUCAGCCUCAUCGAGAGAGGAAACCCGUCCCGUAGUCUGGAGAACGUGUGCCGCUGGGCGUUCAGCCAGCAGAAGGGCGACGUGGACCACGCCGAGCACCACGACCACGCCAUCUUCCUCACCCGCCAAGGCUUCGGCCCCACCGGCAUGCAAGGUUACGCCCCUGUCACUGGAAUGUGCCAUCCUGUCCGGAGCUGCACCCUCAACCACGAAGACGGCUUCUCCUCGGCCUUUGUGGUUGCCCACGAGACCGGACAUGUGCUGGGCAUGGAGCAUGACGGCCAAGGUAAUCGUUGCGGGGACGAGACGGCAAUGGGAAGUGUGAUGGCUCCUCUGGUGCAGGCCGCCUUCCACCGCUACCACUGGUCCAUGUGCAGCGGCCAGGAGCUCAAGAGAUACAUCCACACCUACGACUGUCUCCUGGACGACCCCUUCAAGCACGACUGGCCGCAGCUUCCGGAGCUGCCCGGCAUCAACUACUCCAUGGAUGAGCAGUGCCGCUUCGACUUCGGAGUGGGCUACAAGAUCUGCACCUCUUUCCGUACAUUCGACCCAUGCAAGCAGCUUUGGUGCAGUCACCCGGACAACCCUUACUUCUGCAAGACCAAGAAGGGCCCGCCGCUCGACGGGACCGAAUGUGCACCCGGGAAAUGGUGCUACAAAGGCCACUGCAUGUGGAAAAAUCCACACCAGCUCAAGCAAGACGGCGCCUGGGGCUCCUGGAACAAAUACGGCUCCUGCUCGCGCUCCUGUGGCACCGGAGUACGCAUCCGGACGCGGCAGUGCAACAACCCGGUUCCUUCCAACGGCGGGCAGGACUGCGCGGCGGUGAACUACGAGUAUCAGCUUUGCAACACCCACGACUGCCCCAAGCACUUUGAAGACUUCCGAGCGCAGCAGUGUCAACUCCGCAACUCUCACUUCGAGCUCCACAACGCCAAACACCACUGGCUGCCUCACGAGCAUCCAGACGCUAACAAGAGAUGCCACCUGUACUGCCAGUCGAAGGAGACGGGGGACGUGUCCUACAUGAAACAACUGGUGCAUGAUGGGACGCGCUGCUCCUACAAGGACGCCUACAGCGUCUGCGUCCGCGGGGAGUGUGUGAAAGUUGGCUGUGACAAAGAAAUCGGCUCGAGCAAAGCAGAGGACAAAUGCGGCGUCUGCGGCGGGGACAACUCCCACUGCCGCACCGUCAAAGGGACCUUCACCCGGACGCCUAAAAAAACCGGGAAAACCAGAGGAGCCUUCUCUUUACCCAAAGGAGCUCGGAAUGUGUUUUUGAAUGAAACUGACGACUUGAGAAAUGUGAUGGAGCAAAGUGAAGCAGGCGGGAUGUCCACCACUGCAAACAAAUGA